AUGCGAAAGCACGCAAGUCAGUUAGCGGAUUACAUUGAUAAGCAAAAGGAUUUGAGGGAAAAAUGUUUGAUACAAUAUCAGAAACAGGUUUUGGAGAAGAAGAAGGAAAAAGAUGCGGAGAGAGGAGAGGGAACGAAAGAUGAUUACAAUUCGUUCAAAACGAAUUCUUGCGAAUCGAUUGCAAAUGCGGCAACGUUCGUGCUACGAGCGGGUUGGGGUGACGAAGGAGGAGGACCCGACAGCAUGUCGGGUUGUUUUGGAAGGCCGUCGAAAUGGAAAAACAAUGCGAGAACUCCGGCAUCGCCGACGAAGCGUACGAAAAAUUUACUCGAUCCCAUAAGGAGAUGGAAUUCGUUUCACAUGCGAGAUAGGAAAACGACAGCGAGUCAAAUGAAAUCCCUGGAAGAAUUUCGGAGAGAAUUUUCCACGGAAAAAGAUGGUUCGGCGGUGGAAAACGUCGUGGCGACGCCCUCGAUGGCCGCCACGGGAUUAAUGGGAGCACUGCCGAGAGUUUUGGCACUCCGAAGCGAAUACCAUCCCUCCGACAUAACCAUGACGGAAACGAUGCAAAACAAGAAACAGCUGUCGGUCGAAACGGAACACGUGGAAAAAUCGAGAGCUUUCAGUCAGGGUGACGUUGGUAAAACGCUGCCGUUGCACUUGUCGGAAUUGAGAAAGGAAAAUGGUAUGACGCUGACGAAACAAGUCACGAGAGAUUUGCUCCUACCGUCUAAAAGGAAUUCGAACAACAAGGAUUCCAACGUGAGCGAUGAUGGAAAAUCGUCAAACGAGGGGUGCGCGACGGAACCCGCGAGAUCGCGAACUAGGAGCGAAGGUGAAAAAGACGAUAAAGACAAAAUGAUGCGAUCGAGUCCGAAGAAAUUGAUGCGUAAAAAAACGAAAGAAAAUUUAUACGCGAAUUCGAUGCAGGGAGAUAAACCGAGGAGAUGGAGCGAAAGAGAUGACGAAAGCGAAAAACUUGUCGUGGAAAUAGGUGGUAAAUGCGCGACAUAUAGCAGGUUAUCGUCGUCGUGGGAUGUCGACAUUGAUGCCGAGGAUUCGGAUUGGUAA